CUGCACUUCUUAACCCAGCUCCAGGAGCUUGGAAUAUUAUCUUUAACUCCUACCCGGAUGGUCUUUGGAGAAUGGAUCGCUUCUCAUGAUGACAGGUUCCUGCUACACUUAGCAGACAAAACUGGGGGCAUAAAUGUAACAAAUGAUAACUCCAGAGAGUUCGUGACUGAGUCGGUGUCCUGGAGAGAAAUUAUUACAAAAAGGCUGCUUCAGUACACGUUCGUGGGGGACAUAUUUAUGGUUCCUGAUGACCCUUUGGGAAGAAACGGACCUCGGCUAGAUGAAUUUCUUCGAAAGGAGGGCUUUCUUAGAGACAUGCAGCCGCUACUCAAUGCCCUGCCAGAUGUGGGCACGUUCAAUCCUGGCUUCUGGGGCCCCAACACCCAAGUAGCCAACACCAGCCACCAGCCUCCAUCCCGGAACCAGGGAGCCUCUUCAGACCCUUGGCUUCCUUAGCAGCUUCACACCCCUGGCCACCGUUCCCAGUAUGCAGCAGAACUCUAUCAUGCCAGCACAGAGAUCUUCUGCGGAGACCAGCGAGCUGAGGGCGGCCCUGCUGAAGAUCUUCCCUGACUCUGAGCAGAAACUGAAGAUCGACCAGAUUCUGGUAGCUCAUCCAUACAUGAAAGACCUGAAUGCCCUUUCUGCCCUGGUACUGGACUGGAGGCUGGGCUGAGAGCCCACUGCUGAUGGGGACCAGAGGGAGCUGCCUACUGUGGAGUCCCGUACUGGGGAGAAGCUUUCUAGAGUGCACAGAGCUGCUCUCGGUAGGAGAAGGAUGUGUUUUAUAUAUACAAAAGUCUGGAUUUUCAAAGCCAGCUUUUUUUCUAUAUAUAAAUUAUGCUGCUAUUACAGAUUGAACAUUUUCUGUAAAAGAAAAGUACAUUUUCUGCCUGUUCAGAACUGUUUAAUAGCAGUUUCUCUUGAGUGUAUUUACAACUUUAUGUUUUUAAAACUAUUUUCCUUAAAGCUGAAGAAAAAUUGACAAGUGAAUAUGGUUAGCCUUUCUAAAUAAAAUUAAAAAAUAAAAAAAAA